ACACAUACACACACACACACACACACACACAGUGUUUCCUGUGUGUCUCUUUCCAAACUUGUCAGUCAACCAGUCAGUCAAUUAUAUUUGUGGGGGCUUGUGUGUGUGUGUGUGUGUCGUGGGGAUGUUGAAAAGAACUUAUAACCAUCCUUCAUCUCUAUGACCGAAGACAAGAGACACAAAGACAAGGACAAGGGGACAUAUUGUUUCUCUCAGAGGAAACAGGUCACUUUCCUGACUUCACCACUGCUGCUGUCUAUGAGCUGCACCGGGGCAGAGGAGUGGACUUUCCGACAAUCUUGACACUCAGAAAAACACUGUUGAAGCUCCACAAUCAUCAUCAGCAGCAGUUGAGAUCAUGUCCUCGCCUUCCCUCCCUAUGCCACCUCUCCCCCCGAGCCCUCUGGCCAUGGAGUACCUGAAUGACUUUGACCUCCUCAAGUUUGAGGUGAAAUCAGACACUCCUCCACUCCCUCCACCGUGUUCAUAUCCCAAAUCCGGCCUCACCCACGACCCCUCCAGCUCUCCCUACACCGGCCACCCUCCACAGGACUCCAGCUUGAGUUCCAGCCCGUACAACUCUCUGCCACCCUCACCAACGCUCAGCGACACUCACCCACCACCUUCGGGCUCUUCUUCAUCAUCCUCCUCCAUCUCCUUCCCCCUCUCCAUCUCAAACAGCUUCACCUCUGGCAUCAGCUCUGGCUCUCAAGGGAACGUGGAAGGCAGCCCGGGUCAUGGCGGUCCUCAGGGUCCCACUCCGGCUUCGUUGGAGGACCUGAUUUGGCUGGCAGCCUUACAGCAACAGUUCGGAGGGGAGGUGACAGGGCCUGCCACUCUGCUGGGAGCCUUAGGAGGAGUACCAGAGAGAGGUGACAGGGAGAGGGGGCCCGGGAAUGGCUUUCUGGGCUGUGAAGAUGCUGUGGAGGCCUUACUGAACUCAGCUGCUGCAGCUGUCAGCUCACAGUUUCCAGGUCUUUCCCAGAGUUCAAGCUGCAGCCUGGGAGACUCUGGUAGUGACAGCGGAGGCGACAUCUCCUGCGCCAAGGGGACAGACAUGAGUCAUCGUCCGCUUGUCUUCCUCUCAUCGGUCCCUGCCUCACUCCCCAACACCGCCCAUGCCUCAGGUCCCUACCAACAGCCCCUCAGUCCCCAGGGCCGCCUUCAUCACCACCAGCAUCACCAUCAUCUGCACCAUCCACACCUCCCCAUGCAUGCAAACCAUCAACCUCAUCACCACCCACAAGUUAAUCAGCAGAAUGCGAAUGACCGCUUCUCUGACGAGCAGCUGGUGAACCUGUCAGUGCGAGAGCUCAACCGACACCUGCGCGGAGUGAGUAAGGAUGAGGUGGUGCGCUUGAAGCAGAAACGCCGCACACUAAAGAACCGUGGCUAUGCCCAGUCCUGCCGCUACAAGCGCUUACAGCACCGCCACGCUCUGGAGUCAGAGAAACAUGUGCUCACGCAACAGCUGGAGCAGCUUCAGUGUGAGCUGACCCGAGUGCUGAGGGAGAGGGACGCCUAUAAGGCUCGCUAUGAGAAGCUUCUCAGCACCAACCGCAGCAACGGUGGCGAUGCCCCAAAAACCUGCACCAGCAACAACCCACCUUCCCCACCCCCUGACUACUUUCUCUGAGUUUCACCCACUGGGGGAAAUGAGAUGAAGACAAACCCAGCCAAUAUGGAGCGAUCAGUGAGGAGUAAUCAGGCUUAGGAAACAAAGAUGUGUGUGUGUACGUGAGGUGCGUGACCGUGUGUUUGUGUGUGUGCAAGAGGGAAAGUGGGAGAGAGACGCUGGCGGGCAGUUUUGGGGUUACACAGCUGUGAAGUUCACCCCUGAGUGAAUAGUUAUUACAGGGAAUUAGCAUUAGACUCGGCUGCCUCAUGAAGUAGGUUUUACUCGACUGUGAAUAGUUGCACAAAGACUGGCUGAGAGCUCUUUGAGAACUUUUGCUGGAUAUUAGUGCAACAAUGGACAAAUAUGAAAAUGUAAUUUGAAAAAGCUUUAAAAGUCUUUGACACUGCUGAACAUUUCAUCUCUGCAAUAUAAUGUAGCUGCAAUGUACUUCCAAAAUGAGUGUUUGAGGCUCAUAUUGUAGUUUUUUUUUUAUGAUAAGCUGCUAAAGCUGCAGAUGUGAGUAGUGCAGUGGUGCUGGAUGUGGAGUGAUAUGGGCUUGGAUAAUUCACAGUUGCCUACCAAAGUGUUUGAGCUCACCGGGACUUGUUAUUCUUUGUAAAGAUGAAUAAUCAUAGAUUUAAGAAUGUACUCAGAUAUCUUUCAUGGGACUCUUCCAGUGACUGUGCUAAAAGAGUAGGGUUUUUUUUUGGCAAAGAAAUUUUGAAUGAAAUUGUGACUUUUAGCCAUGAACAGAGAAGACUUGUUGUUUGCUCUGGAUAAUUGUUUUGUUUUUUUCUUCAUAUCCAAAGAAGUGAAGCUGGUGGUGAAAGCAUCAAAGAAACCCAUCACAACGCGCAAACACAAAGAAAUGAAGUGUGGCAUGAUUUGUGUGAUUGUGUCCAGUUCUCCAGAUUAUACAGACGUUCACCAUUUUAAUGCAACAUGUCGCCCCACAGAGCCGGCCACUGUGGAAUCUGUGGGCUACUCCACAUGCAACACAGAAUCAACUAUGCAAGUAAAGUAAAAGGCAAACAACUUUCUUAACUUUGCCAUGGAAUCACUGGGUUCACGCAUUAAUUAGAACUAUUUAUUUUGGGUGUAGUUUAAAUAAAUCGUUCUUUUAUUUAUUCACUUAUUUAUUCAGUAUUUAUUGUUUAUUUAUGUGUUGAUUCUAAUUAUUUGACUGGGUUUAUUUUAUUAGUGUGUAUUUUUACUUUCUGACAGUUCAUUAUUAUUUCAUCCUAUUGUAAUUAGAAUGGCCUUAUUACCAAAACAAAAGAAGAAAAAAAAAUAGGGCCAUUCUUGUGGUAUCCUGCUCCUGUUGUAGUGUGGUUUCAUAAGCAUA